AUGUGCCAGGAUGAAGAAAGUGGUAAUAAACUCAAUUGUACCCAGAAUGGUCAGGUGUACGGCUACCAGGAGGCCUGGCAACCUCAGCCCUGCCUGCUGUGCGUGUGUGAUGGUGGGAACAUCCUGUGCGAUGACAUUGUGUGUGAGGAGGUCCUGGACUGUGAGCAGCAGGACCUGGUACAGGGAUUGUGCUGCCCCAUCUGCAAGAACGAAAGUGAUGGAGACACAGUGGGUAAUGAACUCAGCUGCUCCCAGAAUGGUCAAGUUUACACUGAACAUGACAUCUGGAAACCUGAGCCAUGUCAGAUCUGCAUGUGCAACAAUGGGGUCGUCGUGUGCGAAGAUGUCCAGUGUGAGGAGGUCCUGAACUGCAUGCAGCCAUACCUGCCACCUGGACAAUGCUGCACAAUGUGCCAGGACAAGGAUAAAAAAUUCAACUGCUUCCAGAAUGGUCAGAUGUAUGCCGACCAGGACAUCUGGAAACCUCGGCCCUGCCAGAUCUGCGUGUGUGACAAAGGGAUCAUCUUGUGUGAAGAGUUUAAGUGUGAGAAGAUCCUGAACUGCAAUCAGCUGUACCUGCCACCUGGAGAGUGCUGCCCCGUGUGCCAGGAUGGUGACGAUGGAGGCAUUGUGGACCGGAAAAGACGCCAGACGAGAGCACUCAACCCUGACCGUGUUAGGCUCCACCCUGCCCAUUCAGGACGCUACAAAAGGCGACAGCCCCCUGAAGGUGGCAUCCAUGUGUGACCCAGUUAUAAGACUAAAAGGGGCUCCGGAGUGACACCAAAGAAGUGCUGAGGC